AUGACCGAGUACACUCUUCCUCCUCUGCCCUACGCUUACGAUGCGCUGGAGCCGUUCAUCUCCAAGGAGAUCAUGACGAUCCACCACGACAAGCACCACCAGACCUACGUCAACAACCUGAACGCCGCCGAGAAGGCGUUCGCUGAGGCGACGCAGGCUGGCGAUGUGCGCAAGCAGAUCGAGGUCCAGAGCGCCCUCAAGUUCAACGGCGGUGGUCACAUCAACCACUCGCUCUUCUGGAAGAACCUUGCUCCCCAGAGCGAGGGCGGUGGCAAGCUCAACGAGGGCCCCCUCAAGUCGGCCAUCGAGAAGGAGUUUGGCGACGUUGAGAAGUUCAAGACUGCCUUCAACUCCAAGGCUGCUGCCAUCCAGGGCUCGGGCUGGCUGUGGCUCGGUCUGUCGCCGACCGGCCGUCUGGACCUGGUCACUGCCAAGGACCAGGACCCCCUGACCACCCACCACCCCGUCAUUGGCUGGGACGGCUGGGAGCACGCCUGGUACCUCCAGUACAAGAACGACAAGGCCACCUACCUCAAGCAAUGGUGGAACGUUGUCAACUGGAGCGAGGCCGAGUCGCGCUACAACGACGGUCUGAAGAAGGCCCAGCUCUAA